CUAUUUUAUCCGCUGAUUCUGAUUCUGUACGUAAAAUCAAUAAAAAAAUUCUCUUAGUUCCGAAGGUUUCUGGGAAACCUUUCUAGAAACCAAAGUAUUUUCUGUUGGUUUUUUCAACAUUUUAUUAAGCUUUAUGGUAUGCUGCAGAUAAAAUAGAGUAUUUUCUGACAUUCUGAAGUAGAUUGGAUCGGAUUUUGACUGAAUUAUCAAUUUUUUAAUUUUUGAUGAAAAUAAUCAAAAAUGGGCUAUUUCACCUAGUAUAGGUUUUCACUCGGUUGUUGCAUUUUGUUCUGAAAACUAACAUUGCCACGAGAAUCAGCAUAGUCGAUAACCUAUAUGUGAAGUAUUUACACGAGUAUAAAACUUAAAAAAGCAUGAGUUAGGAUGGUCCUCGGAGAUCCGCUCCAGUUCAGAAACAGAAAAAGUUGGGAAAGUGGAACCUAUGUGGAUUUGCAGAGGAAGGUCUAGUGGUUCGAACCCAUAACAGAACGGAAAGAAAACUUUUUUUUCUUUCUCUGAUAACCUUGUGUUUUAAAGAUUCAAAUGGUCUAUCACCUGCAGGUGGCGUACCGGACAGGGGUUUUCCUCCUACUUAUGUCAUAAGGUCUUGGCUAUUCAAUAGUGAAAACCGCAGGUCUCUAUCUCAUUUCUGUGAAAAGUUAUUCGAAAAAUAUCCGAGACCAUUGUAUCUUGGAACGCAUGGUAGUUAUCUUCAGAAGAGAGGGUUCACUCUAAUUUUAAAAUGUUUUCCUCUCUUUUUAUGAUGAUGUACUGCUAAGAAGGAGAGCCAGGAUAGUGGCGUGUUCCCUACGUGAAAUAAGUACUUGUUUUCGCAGGCAUUGAGUGUGUGGAUGCCUAACCUGCACGUAGCACACUUGUAUUGUAUGUUUUAUUUUCUUGUGUAGAUUAGAUAUGGAUACAAAAUCUUCACCAGAAUAUGAAACGAAUGUAACUGAUACAGUUCAACCCACUACAAUCUCACCAACUACUCAAGCACUUCAAUAUUUCAACCAAACAAAAUUUGCAACCAAAUUAUUAAACUGCAAAUCUUUUAUGACAGCAGUUAAUAUGAUUGAAGAUAUUCUAGAAAAUGACAAUUUGAUUGUAUAUUUUUCACAUCAUUGUAUACGAGAUUUACGAACAGUAAACAUUUUUGAUAAACAAUAUUCAUUAACACGUGUACAUGACAUUCGAAAGUUUUUCCAUCAUCUUUUACCAAAAUUAACUUUUGAUGUUAAAGAACUAGCUGAUGAAUGGUCCAGUUUCGCUUUUGAUAAAAAAUCAACUGAUCCUUCUAAUGAUACAGUUAACCUAUCGGAUAGUCUCAUUAAUGGAAUAAUGAAGCAUGAAGAUAACGUACAACAUAUCUCUGUUCGAAGAAGAAUUUUAUUUUUAGUAAUUAAACUUUUUCAUGAAAUUGCUCAUGCCGCUAAUUUUGAACACGGAAGAUUAUAUCUACCAACUGAAAACGAUCUUAAUAUAAAGUUUGGAACACCGGCUACUCAUGCUCUUACGGGUGAAAGUGGUAAAGCUGUCGAAAGAUUUCUAUGUGGGUCGGUAAUCGAUGCAAUUUAUCAUUCAGUAACUUAUCUGGACAAAAAAUUACUCAUUAUAGAUACUGUAUAUUUUCUUGAAUUUACACCAUCUCGAGAAAUCACGGAUGAAUCCAUUAACAAAUUAUUUGCAUCUGAUUUGAAAACUAUUACAGACUUAAAACUUGAAGCUGGUGGCGUAGUUAAACGAAACAAAAAACGAAAAUCCACAGUAAAACGAAAUAAGAAAAGAAAAUCGGCAUCAAAAUUUACCGGUGGUUAUGAUAGUGUUACCAGUAGCAGUGCUUAUGAAGAUGAUAGUGAUCGUGUUUCGUUAAAUUCAGAUGAUAGAUACAAUGAAAAAUUUUGA